AUGGUGUAUCUGGACUCUCUUCCUUGGACUCUGGUGGCAUUGCUGAUUAUUUCGGGAUUCAAUUAUGGCUCUGAUUCUACUGGAAAAAACAGACUGAAAAGGGAGAUCAAUCAGGCACAGCCUCGCAUGUCCUCAGAAAGAGGCAAUUUAGUUUUCCAUGCUGGCUCUGCCAAAAAUAUUGAAUUCAGAACUGGAUCACAAGGCAGAAUAAAAAUUAAUGAAGAAGACCUUGCAGAGACUUUGAGCCAGAUCCAAAAGAAUAAAGAUGAGAUCCUAGAACUCAAAAGAACGGCUAGCACGUCACAAAAUGUUUCCAGCCAGAUAACUCAGCUUCAUUUCAAGAUUGCAAAUAUUGAAGGAAGAAUUCAAAACCUUGAGCAGAGCUUCUUGACAAAAGCCUGUAACAGCAACCCCUGCCAGAAUUCUGGAACUUGCAUAAAUUUGCUGGAUGCUUUCUUCUGCCUCUGUCCUGAAAACUGGCAGGGUCCUUUCUGUUCUGUUGAUGUUAAUGAGUGCCAGAGUUAUGCUGGGACACCGCUUGCUUGCCAGAAUGGAGCUACAUGUGUAAAUACUCCGGGUAGUUACAGCUGUAUUUGUACACCGGAAACCUAUGGGCCCUUCUGUACUUCAAAAUAUGAUGACUGUGAAAGAGGGUCUCCUGUUCUUUGUCAACAUGGGCUUUGUGUUGAUGGAAUCAGAGAGCAACCUAAUCAGCCAAAGUAUACUUGUUUGUGUGACGCUGGUUGGAUGUCACCUCCGGGGAACUUUGCCUGCAGUGCAGAUAUAGAUGAAUGUAGCCUACCUCAACCACCCUGCUCACUGAAUCCUCCUGUACAGUGCUUCAACAUACCAGGCUCUUAUUCCUGUGGUCCUUGCCCAACAGGUUGGCAAGGAAAUGGCUACAGUUGUCAAGAUAUUAAUGAAUGUGAGAGUGACAAUGGAGGUUGCUCAGUUGCCCCACUAGUUCAGUGCAUCAAUACAAUGGGAUCCUUCUACUGCAAUCACUGCCCCCCAGGCUACGAAGGUGAUGGGAAAAUAUGCACCCCAGUUAACAUUUGCUCAAUCAGCAAUGGAGGCUGCCAUUCACUUGCGACAUGUACCAGCACACCAGGGCUUAUACCUAUUUGUAUCUGCCCGGAUAGAUAUACUGGGAGCGGCUAUGGCCCAAAUGGAUGUGUUGCACUGAGUAAUAUAUGCCAAACCCAAAAUCCUUGUGUUAAUGGGCAGUGCCUUGUUACAAUCUCUGGUCACAACUGUGUGUGUGAUCCUGGCUGGACUGGGGCCAACUGCACAGAAAACAUUGAUGAUUGUGCCAGCAAUCCUUGUCAGCAUGGAGGAACCUGCACUGAUAGGGUGAAUGGCUAUUCCUGUGAAUGUACAAGCUCAUGGACUGGCCCCCAGUGCCAGACAUCCCAACAAGCCUGUGGAGAGUCACUUUCAGGCCUCUCUGGAUCGUUCAGCUACCCUAACAACCCAAGCACAGAGCAAUCUAACCAAGAGGUCACCUGUAAUUGGGUUAUUCGGACUGAUUAUAACAAGAUCUUGCAUAUCACGUUCCCAUUCUUCCAACUGGAGGAAAGCGUCAACUGCAGAUUUGAUUUUCUCCAGAUUCAUGAUGGCGAGUCAACUUCAGCAAACCUGUUGGGGAAAUACUGUGGAUCAUCUCACCCAGAAGAGCUCUUUAGCAGUCACAACUCUUUGUAUUUUUCAUUCCAUUCUGACCGUUUGACUAAUGGAAGAGGGUUUAGAGUUCGCUGGGAGUCUCAGCAGCCUGAGUGUGGUGAUGAGUUGACUGACUCUUAUGGAUCAAUUAACUCACCUGGUUAUCCUAGCAACUAUCCUCCCAAUAGAGAUUGCUACUGGGUCAUCUCAACAAAUCCUGGUCUGUUCAUCACAUUUGCCUUUGGUACAUUGAGCCUUGAACACCAUGAUAACUGUAGCCAUGACUAUCUGGAGAUUCGAGACGGCCUUCUCCCGGAAGAUCAACUUCUUGGAAGAUACUGCAGCACUAGGUUGCCUCCUCCGCUUCAAACCACUGGCCCAUAUGCCUGGGUUCACUUCCACUCUGAUGGUUUUGGGACUGAUAGAGGCUUCCAUAUUACAUACACAAGUUCUCCUAUGGAUCCCAACUGUGGCGGAAACUAUACAGACAGUACUGGGGUUAUCAUGUCUCCCUACUGGCCAAACUCUUACCUUAACAACAGACAGUGCAUCUACAUCAUCCAGCAACCUCCUGCUGAAAAAAUAUAUCUCAAUUUUACCCACAUGGAGCUGGAAGGCCGUCCUGGUUGCCCUUGGAAUUACAUUGAGGUCCGAGACGGUGCCUCUGAGACAUCUCCCUUAAUUGGCAAGUUCUGUAACAGCACACUUCCUUCUGCUGUUGCAUCUAAUAGCAACAGCCUCUGGAUCAAGUUCAAGUCUGAUACCUCUUCCCAGAGAUCAAGCUUCAGAGCUGUUUAUGACGUCGCCUGUGGCGGGGCCUUGUCUGGCGACGGAGUCAUCCGGUCCCCCUAUUUCAACAGGCCACUGUCUCAUGAAAAGAUCUGUGAGUGGAUCAUCUCCCAACCAGCAGGCAAUCGUGUGGUUCUUAAUUUCACCGACUUCCGCAUCCGUAGUAAUAUACUCUGUGCCUCAGAUUAUGUUGAGGUCAGAGAUGGUGACAAUGCGAGAUCACCUUUACUGGGGAAAUAUUGUGGUUCGACUGUACCAUCAAUAGUUCAGUCUACAUAUAACAAUGCUUAUGUGAAAUUCAGAACUUCGUCUACAGCAAAUCUUGGCUUUCUUGCUGAAUACAAGCUUUUUGAUGCAGCAUGUGGAGGAAUUCUAACCGAACCAGAUGGCACCAUUUCAACUCCAGACUACCUGGCUACUUACCCACAUGGUAUCAGAUGUACAUGGACUGUCUUAGUUCAGCCUGGUAACUUAAUCAGACUGACCUUCACACAUUUUUAUCUGGAAUUUGACUACACGUGCAACAGAGAUUUCCUUGAAAUCUAUGACAAUAGCACUAUGACAAAGCUGGGACGGUACUGUGGGAGGUCAGUGCCACCAUCUGUGACCAGUGGCGGCAAUACACUGAUGUUGUAUUUUGUGACAAAUCACAAUGUCGCCUCAGAGGGAUUUUCUGUUAAUUACAUUUCACUGAAUGCAUCUACAGCAUGCUCACAUGAAUACACAGAGGCUUCUGGUGUGUUAACAUCUCCAAACUUUCCUGACCACUAUCCCAACAAAAUGACUUGCAUAUACAGGAUCCGUGUAGAGAACAACAAACAGAUUGCUCUGCAUUUCACCAGCUUCUCCUUGGAGGCUGGAGCCACGUGUUCAAAUGAUUAUGUGGAACUCAGAGACGGAGGCUAUGAGACAUCACCUUUAAUUGGAAAAUUCUGUGGCUUAUCAUUGCCUCCUGUGACCAUCUCCCAUAGCAACAAACUAUGGAUAAAGUUUGUAAGUGAUGUAUAUGUUUCAUACAGUGGAUUUUCAGCUUACUGGGAUGGAACAUCAACAGGUUGUGGUGGAACUCUUUCUACUUCCUCUGGAAUCUUCAUGUCUCCAAACUAUCCUUUGCCUUAUCACCAUAAUGCAGAAUGCUACUGGUUGCUGAAGUCAAGUCGUGGAAGUCCAUUUGAAAUCCAGUUUGAUCAGUUCCACUUAGAGUCACAUCGAAGUUGCGAAUACGAUUAUCUUGCUGUCUAUGAUGGCAAUAGUACCAGUGCUAAGAUGCUGGGCAAAUUUUGCGGCAAUGAGAUGCCACCCGCAAUCCGCUCUACUUGGGACAGUUUGUAUGUAAAAUUAAGGACAGACCGGUCUUUGGGAGGAGGAGGUUUUGUUGCUCAUUAUAAGCAAAUUUGCCAAGGAGUCACUAUUGUCAACCGGAGCCAAGGCAUUUUAGAGAGUCUAAACUUUCCUAAUAACUACCCUUCGGAUGCAUAUUGCAAUUGGACUAUCCAAACAACAACUGGCAACACCCUCAACUACAGCUUUCUCGCAUUUAGCACAUAUGGAGGAGAGCAUUGUGAACGUGACCAUGUAAAGCUUUAUGAUGGUCCUAACACCCAGUCCAACUUAAUAGGAACUUUCUGUGGCAACAGUAAUCCCCCAUCUGGUGGCACCACUAGUUCCAGUCUCCAUGUGGUGUUUUUCUCUGAUAAAAUACAAGAAUCUACAGGAUUUCAGAUGCUAUGGCAGAUAAAUGGAUGUGGUGGAGAUCUCUAUGGGACCUCUGGCUCUUUCCACAGUCUGGGAUAUCCAAACAAGUACCCACACAAUCGGGAAUGCCAAUGGUAUAUUCACACAACUCCAGGCAGUAGUAUUCAACUCACCAUUUUGGAAUUUGAUGUCGAAUACCAUUCAAGCUGUAACUAUGAUGUUCUGGAGAUCUAUGGUGGUCCUGACUUACCUUCUCCUAGGCUGGCCCAGCUGUGUGAGCCAAGAACCUUGCAAAAUCCACUGCAUAUCUCCAGCACUGGAAAUGCAAUUGUGGUCCGAUUUAAAACAGACAGAAGUGUGAAUGGAAGGGGAUUCAAUGCUACUUGGCAAGAGAUAUCUGGAGGCUGCGGCGGAGUUUUUCAAGCUCCACAUGGUGAAAUCCAUUCACCAAACUAUCCUCAGCUUUACGGCAAUGGUACUGAUUGUUCUUGGGUCAUUCGAGUUGACUUUGGUCACCGUGUUAUGCUGAACUUCACAGACUUUGCAAUAGAAUCCCAUCGUUCCUGUCUCUAUGACUAUGUUGCAGUAAGUAACACUAGACAUAGGCUACUAAAAGUCUGCGGUACUCAGCGACCUCCCCCUAUCACAUCCACUCAAAAUGUCAUGUUUGUGAGGUUUCGCUCUGACAGCUCUGUCCAUCUCAGAGGCUUCAGUGCUCAGUUCAGAGAAGCAUGUGGAAGUGUCUUAGAAGCGGAUUCCACGGGUACAUCGAUUUCCUCCCCUCUGUAUCCAGCCAACUACCCAAACAAUCAGAACUGCAGCUGGAUAAUUCAAGCUCAAGAGCCAUUCAACCAUAUUACACUAUCUUUCACCGAGUUUGCGAUUGAAGGCAACAUACGUAACUGCACCAGAGAUUAUGUUGAAAUUCGAGAAGGGAAUAAUUACAACGCACCUCUUCAAGGGCGUUAUUGUGGCACCACAAUACCACAUCCUGUUACUUCUUUUGCAAGUGCUUUGUCCAUCAGCUUUAUCUCUAACCGUGCUAUUACUGCUAAAGGGUUCCAUGCCAUACUUACUGCAUCGACAUCUGCCUGCGGGGGCACCUUCCAUAUGGAAAGAGGAGCCUUCAACAGCCCCAACUUUCCUGAGGCUUACCCCCUGAAUGUCGAAUGUGUCUGGAACAUUCGGAGCUCCCCUGGCAACCGGCUCCAGCUGUCUUUCACAGACUUUCAGAUGGAAGAAAGCGAAGGCUGUACCAAAGAUUAUGUAGAAAUUAGAGAAGACAGUCUCAGUGGCCAGCAGAUGGGACGAUACUGUGGAAACACCUUGCCAUUUAAUUAUACUUCUGUCAUUGGACACAUCCUGUGGAUUAAAUUUGUCUCAGAUGGAUCAGGCAGUGGAAGGGGCUUCCGGGCCACAUUUGCUCAGUUGUUUGGAAAUAAUAUUGUGGGAAGCAGUGGACAAAUUGCUUCUCCACUGUGGCCUAGAAAUUACCCUCACUUCUCCAACUAUCAGUGGACAAUAAUGGUUAAUGCAACACAAGUUAUCCGGGGCCAGUUCGCAGAGAUGGAUAUUGAAGAUUUGUUUCAUUGCUACUAUGACAAGUUGAAGGUGUAUGAUGGCCUCAAUACACAUGCUCAUCUCAUUGCAACGUACUGUGGAAGAGCCCGUUCCUCAUUCACUUCUUCUGGAAGCUCUGUGACUCUUCAUUUCAUCUCUGAUCGCUCCACCAGCGGGAAGGGCUUCCUUUUGGACUGGACUGCAGUGGAUGCUCCUACAGAUGUUGAACAGACCAUUCCAAUAGGUGCUUGUGGAGGGAUCUCAAGAACUGGCGAGACUCCCUUAUUCCUGUUCUCCCCUGGCUGGCCCGCAAAGUACAGGAAUAAUGCAGAGUGCACAUGGGUUAUCAGAGCAUUAGACUCAACGGUGGAAUUCAACAUCCUGGCUCUUGACAUUGAAAGUCACCGCUCAUGCAAUUAUGAUAAACUUGUCUUCUAUGAUGGGGACAACCGCCUUGCACCAGUUCUGUCUACUGUUUGUGGCCGUGAAGUCCCUGGGCCAAUAAGAUCAACUGGAGAUGCCAUGUUCAUUCAGUUCACUUCAGAUGGAAGCAUAACUGGUGCUGGAUUUAAUGCUUCAUACCACAAAAGUUGUGGUGGUUAUUUGCAUGCAGACAGAGGUGUGAUUGCUUCGCCCAAUUAUCCACAGACGUAUCCUCCUAAUAUUAAUUGUUCUUGGCACAUUCUGGUUACUACGGGUUUGAUCAUUGGUGUUCAUUUUGAACAGCCAUUCCAAGUGCUGAAUGAAGAUGCUUCCUGUAGCCAUGGAGAUUAUGUUGAGCUUCGAAAUGGACCGGACCUCUCUGCCCCUCCAUUGGGACUCAGUGGCACGAACGGUCGUUUUUGUGGUAGUGUUUCCUUUUCUUCGGUUUACACCACAGACAACCAGCUAUUUGUCCACUUCAGUUCAGACAGCAGUCAUGGAGGGAAAGGUUUCAAACUCAAAUAUGAAGCAAAGGGUCUUGCUUGUGGAGGAAAUGUCUACAUCAGUGAAAACAGUCCUUCUGGAUUUAUCUCUUCACCCAACUAUCCUGGCAAUUAUCCACCACAUACUGAUUGUGUCUGGAAGAUAAUUGCUCCUUAUGGGGAGGCAGUAGAACUGCAGUUUCAGGAUCUGUUUGAUAUCCAUCCUUCAUCCAAUUGUACAUUAAGUUAUCUUGAGUUACGAGAUGGUGCUGACUCCAGUGCACCAGUAAUCACCAAACUAUGUGGGAAUUCUCUGCCAAGCAUUCAAAGAUCAUCUGGUUCAACCCUAUAUAUGAGAUUUUGGUCAGGCAGCAUGGACACACGGACUGGAUUCAAUGUCACAUAUUCAAGAGCUGUAUGUGGCGGGACACUGACAGGACAAAAUGGCCUCAUUGAAAGUAUUGGAUUUCCUAAUUCUCCCUAUCCGGACAAUUUGCUGUGUGAAUGGAUUAUCCAUGGUCCUGUGGGUCAUUAUCUCAGCAUUAGCUUUGAAGCAUUCGAUAUUCAGAAUUCCUCUGAGUGUGCAAAUGACUACAUGGAAAUUCGAGAAGGCAGUGCUUCAGGGGAUUUGUUAGGUAGAUACUGUGGUGCUACUAUACCAAAUACUGUGGACACCUCUGGCAACCUGGCCUAUAUCAAGUUUAUCAGUGAUGAAUUAAUAAAUGGUCCAGGGUUCAAGCUACAUUUUACUGCGAGUGCUGAAGAAUGUGGAGGUGAACUUACUGGUGUUGCCGGAACAUUUACCUCCCCCAAUUAUCCAAAUCCUUACCAGCACAAAAUAAAAUGUGAAUGGAGAGUCAUGGUACCAGCUGGAAGGCGCGUCACUCUUACCAUUGUUGACAUUAAUUUUGGAUCCAGCCUGAACUUAUGUGGUGGACAUCUGAUCAGCUCAAAUGUGGGGAAUAUCACUUCUCCGGGUUAUGAUGGUAUCAGCAAUUAUACAAACAAUAUGAAUUGUGAAUGGGUCAUCCAAAAUCCACAGCCAUCUGUCACAACAGUUUCCCUGCUCUUUGAAGAGUUCCACUUGGAACAACACACUGACUGCUUAAACGAUUACUUGGAAAUCCGACAAGAGGAUUCUGAUGGGGAGCUCUUAUACAGACUAUGCGGCCAUAGCGCGCCUCAGCAUCCACUACUAAUAGCAUAUCCUCAGAUCUGGAUACAGUUUUUGACUAAUGAUAAAAAUACAGACAAAGGAUUCUUUAUCUACUAUUCAUCCCAAGUUUGUGGUGGUGUGCAGCAAGGGGAAAGUGGAAUUAUUUCAAGCCCUAACUACCCACAACCUUACAACAGUUCUAGUCUCUGCUCCUGGCUCUUGAUAGCACCAGAGGGCUAUACCAUCAAUCUUACUUUUGUGGCCUUUGAAAUUCAAAGUCACCGGGUCUGUGGAUGGGACUCAGUCACCAUUCUAAAUGGUGGAUCUCCCAGUUCUCCUGUCAUAGGACAAUACUGUGGAACUGCAUCCCCAGGCACCAUUCAGUCAGGCUCCAAUCAAUUAUUAAUAAACUUCCAUUCUGACCACAGUAUACAAGGAGGUGGGUUCCAAGCAACGUGGACAGCUGAUUCUUUAGGAUGCGGAGGCUUUCUUCAUUCAGAAAAUGGUACCAUCCGUUCUCCCUACUGGCCGCAAAAUUUCCCCAGGAACAUUAGGUGUUCAUGGACAAUAAUUACACAUGAAAGCAAACAUCUGGAAAUUGCUUUUAAUGAAAAUUUCCAGAUUCCAGAUAGUAAUGGACAGUGUCUGAGCAGUUAUGUGAAGGUAUGUAUAUGUAGCGAAGAACAGGAAGACAGUUUAUUAGCGGUUGGGUGUGGAAAUUUAGCUCCUACACCUAUUAUUACUCCAGGAAAUACAAUGAAAAUAGUGUUUCAGUCACAAGAUGAACCAGGACGUGGUUUUUCUGCAUCUUUUAUAAGUAGGUGUGGAGCAAAUUUUACUGAGCCGUCUAGUCAUAUUGUCUCACCAAACUUUCCCAGGCGCUAUGACAACAACCUGAAUUGCAAUUAUAUGAUAAAUGUUGGACCCCAGUCUGUUGUCAUCCUAACUUUUGAAACAUUCGAUUUGCAAUCUCCAAAUGCCUUGCAAUAUUGCGCUUAUGAUGGAGUAAAGAUCUUCAAAGGGAUUAACGUGACACCAUAUCCUGAGGCAACGUAUUGUGGUAAUGGAAUUCCUGAGCCUGUCAGCAUUUUUGGAUCCAUGCUGCUGAACUUCUACACAGACUCUGAUACUGUUGGCCUUGGAUUUUUGGCCACUUACACAGUAAGACCUUGUGGCGGUGUUUUUAAUGGCUCUAGCGGCACAGUCCAGAGCCCUACACAUUCUCUUACUGAGUAUCAUCACAAUAUGAAUUGUUCAUACCACAUCACUGUUGGAACCAACAAGAUAGUGGCACUCAAAUUCAACAGUUUCCACCUUGAAGGCACUCUAUCUUGCUACAAAGAUUAUGUUGCUGUGUAUGAUGGGCCAGACAUUGCUUCUCCGCUUCUUGGCAAAUUCUGUGGUGCCGUUUCUCCUCCUGCUAUCAAGAGCUCCUCAAACAACUUGCUUCUGUUAUUUAUUACUGAUUCCUUUGGAACAGCUGGCGGAUGGAAAGCAUCUUUCAGGGAGACACUAGGUCCAGAACAAGGCUGUGGUGGUUAUCUGACAAAUUCAACUGAUAGCUUUGGUUCUCCAGACUCCAACAGGGAUGGCAGAUAUGAAAACUAUCUGGAAUGCAUUUGGAUGAUAGUUGCUUCCACAGAUAAGCUGAUCAACCUCACCUUCAACACUUUUCAACUGGAAGCAGCAUCAGGUUUUGACAACUGCAAAUAUGACUAUGUCAAACUUUAUGAUGGUAAUAUUGAAAAUGAUACUCUAGUUGGCACGUUUUGUGGCUCAAACAUUCCUCCUAAUUUUGUUUCCACUGGUAACUUCUUAACUAUUGAAUUUGUCACUGAUGGAUAUAUAGAAAGAGCAGGUUUCAGUGCAACCUACACUACUGUGGACAGAUUGUGUGGAGGUACAUAUAACGCAACUUCUGAUAUACAGUAUGCAAUGUCUCCCUACUUUCCGAAUGCAUACCCACCACUUACAUUCUGCAGAUGGAUCAUUGAUGCCCCUCCUGAUCGACAGGUCAAGCUAGUAAUUCAGGAAUUUCAUUUAUCAUCCAGCCAAGACUGCUCUCAGAAUUAUGUAGAAUUUCAGGACUCGCCAUUGGGCAUUCAAGAACAUGCUGAUCGUGUCCACCGGUUCUGUGGUUAUGAAAACUCUACUAUUCCAGAGUUUUAUUCUUAUAGGCGAACGGCUAUUUUAAUUUUUAGAUCUAAAACCUUUAUAGCUAACAAUGGACUUCGCUUCUCCUAUCAAGCUUCAGGCUGCAGCAGAGAAUACAACCAAUCAUUUGGUUAUUUGAAAAGCCCAGGCUGGCCCAACAAGUAUCCUAAUAACCUGGACUGUACUAUUAUCCUACGCUCCCCAAGGAAUCACACCAUCUCUCUCUUUUUCCAUUCUUUCAAUGUGGAAGGUUUUGGAUGUGUACAUGACUUCUUAGAGGUCAGAAAUGGUAGUGAUGCAAGCUCACCACUGCUUGGAAAAUACUGUGGAAGCACUCUACCCAAUCCCGUAUUUCCUAAAAACCAUGUUUUAUAUCUGCACUUCAGAAGUGAUAUGCUAUCUUCUUAUGAAGGAUAUGAAAUUACUUGGACAUCAUCACCAACUGGAUGUGGUGGCAUCUUAUAUGGUGAGACAGGCUCAUUAGCCAGCCCAGAGUUUCCAGCCUCUUACUCAAAUCACACAGACUGCGAAUGGACAAUUAAUGCCCCCAAAGGAAGGGCUGUUACUGUUCAUUUUGCUUUUAUCAGCAUUGAUGAUCCUGGUGAUUGUAUUAACAACUAUCUGAAACUUUACAAUGGACCAGAUAAUAGCUAUCCACUUAUUGCACCAUAUUGUGGACAGGACAUAAACGUUGCUCCAUUUACAGCUGGAUCACAUCAAGUGUUCAUAAAAUUCCAUGCCGAGUAUGUAACUCGACCCUCAGGAUUUAGGCUAACCUGGAGCAGCUAAAAUGCAUCUCGUAUGGAAAAUGUCUCAAUUCAGCACUUUUUUAAAUAAUUCACAUACUUCAGAGAAUGUGAUUCUGUAUAUGAUGCUAAUAAAAUUAUUUG